GGCUCCGCACGUGUCCUCUGCUGGGGACCGGGGCCGGCGCAGGAUCGGGAUCCCGAGCUCGGCCGCAGCGGAGAGGGCCCCGGUCCACCUGCGGGUGCCCCGGCGGCUCUGAGCAUCGGCGGCGCCGGGACCCACGCGGGACAAGAUGCAAGCUGCCUCUCUGGCUGCUCCUGCGGGCGUCCCCUCCAGGAAGAAGCGGUUGGAGUUGUAUGAUGACUUAGACUUUGAUUGUCCCACCCGGAAACGAGCUCGAAGUGAGCCCCAGCCCAGGCCGCCCCCCUGCCCGCUGCCGCUGAGCCCACUGCCUGCUCCAGCCCAUGCACCUGCUGUGGCCACUGCCUCCCGGCUUGGGCCCUAUGUCCUCCUAGAGCCCGAGGAGGGUGGGCGGGCCUACCGGGCCCUGCACUGCCCCACAGGCAUCGAGUACACCUGCAAGGUGCACCCGGCCCGCGAGGCCCCGGCGGUGCUGGAGCCCUACGCGCGGCUGCCCCCGCACGAGCACGUGGCGCGGCCCACUGAGGUCCUGACCGGCACCCAGCUCCUUUACACCUUUUUCGCUCGGACCCACGGGGACAUGCACAGCCUGGUGCGCAGCCGCCGCCGCAUCCCUGAGCCCGAGGCCGCUGCGCUCUUUCGGCAGAUGGCCACGGCCCUGGCACACUGUCACCAGCACAGGCUAGUCCUGCGCGAUCUCAAGCUCGGUCGCUUUGUCUUCACCGACUGUGAGAGGACGAAGCUGGUGCUGGAGAACCUGGAGGACGCCUAUGUGCUGACUGGGCCGGAUGACUCCCUUUGGGACAAGCAUGCCUGCCCAGCCUACGUGGGGCCUGAGAUCCUCAGCUCGCGGGCGUCCUACUCAGGCAAGGCGGCAGAUGUCUGGAGCCUGGGUGUGGCUCUCUUCACCAUGCUGGCCGGCCAUUACCCCUUCCAGGACUCGGAGCCUGCCCUGCUCUUUGGCAAGAUCCGCCGUGGGGCCUUUGCCCUGCCUGAAGGCCUCUCAGCCCCGGCCUGCUGCCUGGUCCGCUGCCUUCUUAGACGGGAGCCGGAUGAGCGGCUCACAGCCACAGGCAUCCUGCUGCACCCUUGGCUGCGGGAGGACCCGAUCCCCUCAGCUCCCUCCCGAUUCCACCUCUGGGAGGCUGACCAGGUGGUCCCUGAUGGGCAGGGGCUGACAGAGGCUGAGGAAGAGGAGGAAGAAAGAGAGGUGGGUCUGUAUGGCUAGGGCCACCCUCCCGGACUCUCAGCUGCAAACAGUGGAUUGAGCUUGGGAUGUCUCCAAGCAUUCUCCUGCCUCUUUGGGCACGCACACCACACCUUAAGUGCCUUCUCGGAGGGAGAAAGGAGGAAGCCUGUGGAGCGUGUGCUAUGCACACCUGUGUUGUUCCACACUCACAAGUCGCACUGGUGCUCAGUGUGUGCCGAACCCUGUGCUCAGUGCUGGGAAUACAGCAAAAGAGACAGGACUCCCUGUGCACAGAGCUGACAACACUUCCAUGCCCACUGGCAGUGUCUACACUGGGCACACUUAGUGCCAAUGUUGGCUCCACUCGUGCUGAUGCCCAGCCACCUCUGUCCACAGGAUAGUCCCUUUCACAAAUGACCCAGCUGCCUUUGUGUCUUGCACCUUCUCACAGCAAGGGAAGCAUCCCUGUGCCAAAGGUUCCAAGCCUUUCCCCUGCAACUCAGGACUCUGGAGCCCAGCCCAUGCCGGAAAUUGUGCUCCCUGCAGCUCUGUCUUCUUGAUCAAGAGAUUCUCCUUCCAGUCCUGAGCCAAAGAUUUGGGCUAGAAGGACAAAACCCGUACUCUGAGACCAGUUUUCAUCUAACUCAAUAAUUGUUUGAAUAAGGGUCCAGGCCUGUUGACUUCGGUGGCCCCUGACUGAGCACCAAGGUUAGAAACAGGAUUAGGCAGGGUCUGUCCUGUGUCCACCUGGAAAGUCCCAGGCCCUGUUGUGGGGAGGGGUCCAGGACCCCAGAUCAAUACUAUGGGUUUUGGAUACCAUGAUUAUAUAUUUUUUACCUUGUGCCUAAUAAGGAAAGUUACAAAAUACUUUUAUUUCUCCAGGAUAUUUCUUCUAUCCUUUCCUACCAUCACUUACCAGUUUUCCCUGCCUUAAUUGGCCCCAUAGUGAAAAGCCAGAGGCCUCAUGUCUCAACCUCAGAUGAGUAGUUUGUGAGAACAUAUGUCUGCAGCCCAGUGGGUCAUCCCACAUUUUUUUGUUCUGGAGGCAACAGUAUCUGAGUUGGGGUACUUUUCUAAGUCAAAAUGGCUUAAACAACAAGGAAAUAUAUUUCACACAAAGCAAGAAGCCAAUGCUGGUUGAUUCUGC